AUGUUAGCCGAAAGUGAUUCGGCCUAUGCUGGAGUGGAAUUCCAAGUGGUAAUUACUUCACCUUCGGAAUCAACUUCAAAGGCUGAUAUUGAUGAAAAGGGACAUGAGACAGCUUCGACUUCCGGAAUAAUGAAGCGACGUCAGGAUCCUAAUGAGAAAAGGCAUCUUCUUCAUCCAGACGAUGAGGUUUUUGAAGAGGGCUUAGUGUUCCAGCUCGAGCCACUUCCUCCUAUAAAUCCUGAUCGAAAAUCCCGUCGUCGUGAUGAGGAUGAUGCAUUUCCUGAAGAAGAACCAAAGAAACGAAGAAGACGUGGAAGACGCCGUUCGGGUAUGUUCCGUUUACAUCAGUUAGCAUGUUUCGUUCCAUCCGUUUCUUGA